UCCAGUCUUGGCAAAUAUAUCAUUAUGGCAGCAGAUUCUAUGGAAAUCGAUGAUGCUCUGUACAGCCGACAGAGGUACGUUCUUGGAGAUACAGCUAUGCAGAAGAUGGCCCGGUCCCACGUGUUCUUGAGCGGAAUGGGUGGACUUGGAGUGGAGAUCGCUAAGAACAUAGUUCUUGCAGGAAUAAAGGCUCUUGCUGUCCACGAUACCCAGCAAUGCAGGGCAUGGGAUUUAGGAACAAAUUUCUUUGUUCGUGAAGACGAUGUUUUAAAUCACAGAAACAGAGCGGAGGCGGUGCUUCCUCACGUUGCAGAGCUGAACCCGUACGUCCAGGUGAUGUCAUCGACGGUCCCACUAAAUGAAAUGACGGAUCUGUCUUUCCUCAGACAGUACCAGUGUGUCAUAGUAACCGAGAUGAAGCUGUCUCUGCAGAAGAAGAUUAAUGACUUUUGCCAUGCACAGCAUCCACCUAUUAAGUUCAUAAGUGCUGACGUCUAUGGCAUAUGGGCACGCCUGUUUUGUGACUUCGGAGAAGAAUUUGAAGUCCUGGACACCACAGGAGAGGAACCAAAAGAAAUAUUCAUUUCAAACAUAACACAGUCCAAUCCUGGUAUCGUCACUUGCUUGGAUAAUAAUCCGCAUAAACUUGAAACUGGACAGUAUGUAACUUUUCGAGAAAUUAAUGGCAUGUCGUGUUUAAAUGGAUCUAUGCAUCAGAUAACUGUGGUAUCACCUUAUUCUUUUAGUAUUGGAAACACUACAGAUAUGGAACCUUACUUACACGGCGGCAUAGCUGUCCAAGUAAAGACGCCUAAAACAUUUCAUUUCGAACGACUGGGGAAGCAGUUGAUUAAUCCAACAUGCCUUGUGGCAGAUUUCAGCAAACCUGAGUCCCCUCUGCAGAUUCACGUUGCCAUGCUGGCCUUGGAUCAAUUCCAGGAGAGUUUUGCUCGCAUGCCAAACAUUGGGUGCCUUCAGGAUUCUGAGGAGAUGCUGAAGAUAGCAACAUCCUUAAGGGAAAAACUGGAAAGCAAACCUCAAGUUAAUGAAGACGUUGUGAAAUGGCUAUCAAAAACAGCCCGGGGAUCUUUGGCACCUCUCACCGCGGCCCUUGGUGGUAUUGCCAGUCAGGAAGUCUUGAAAGCUGUGACAGGAAAGUUUUCUCCGCUGCAGCAGUGGCUGUAUCUCGACGCCUUAGAAUUGGUCUCAUCUCUAGAAAAGGCCAGUCGUGAAGAAUUCCUUCCAAGAGGAGACAGAUACGACGCCUUGAGGGCCUGUAUUGGGGAGACCUUGAGACACAAGCUUCACAAUCUGAAUGUAUUCUUAGUUGGUUGUGGCGCAAUAGGCUGUGAAAUGUUAAAAAAUUUUGCACUCCUUGGUGUCGGCACUGGCUGGGAACGUGGGAUGGUUACAGUUACAGACCCGGACUUAAUAGAAAAAUCCAACCUAAAUAGGCAGUUUCUCUUUCGGCGACAUCACAUAGAGAAGCCCAAAAGUUGUACUGCAGCAGCAGCAACAGUGCGCAUUAAUGGUCAGAUGAAGAUAGAGCCACAUCUUAACAAAGUGUGCCCUGCUACUGAGAAUAUAUACAAUGAUGACUUUUACACCAAACAAGAUGUAGUGGUUACUGCACUAGACAAUGUGGAAGCAAGAAGAUACGUUGACAGUCGCUGCCUAGCAAACCUGUGUCCUCUCUUAGAUUCGGGAACCAUGGGGACUAAAGGGCAUACCGAAAUCAUUGUGCCUCAGUUGACGGAAUCCUACAACAGUCAUCGAGACCCACCAGAAGAAGAGAUCCCGUUUUGUACUCUGAAGUCUUUCCCAGCAGCCACUGAACACACGAUCCAGUGGGCAAGAGACAAGUUUGAAAGUGCUUUUUCACACAAGCCUUCGCUGUUUAACAAGUUCUGGCAAACGUAUCAAUCCGCAGAAGAGGUGUUACAGAGAAUAAAGUCUGGAGAGAGUUUGGAAGGGUCUUUUCAAGUGAUCAAAUGCCUCAGCAGAAGACCAAGAAACUGGCAGCAGUGUGUUCAAUUAGCAAGAUUAAAAUUUGAGAAGUAUUUUAAUCAUAAGGCCCUCCAGUUACUUCACUCAUUUCCCCUUGAUACCCGAUUAAAAGAUGGCAGUCUGUUUUGGCAGUCACCGAAGAGGCCGCCUUUUCCAAUACGAUUUGAUUUCAAUGACACCUUGCACUUCAGCUUCAUAGUGAGCACAGCAAAGCUAUUUGCAACAAUUUACUGUAUUCCGUUUACAGAAAAGGACAUGUCAGAAGAAACCAUUUUUAAAAUAAUUUCUGGGGUGAAGAUUCAAGAGUUCCGACCUUCUAACAAAGUGGUGCAAACGGAUGAAACGCUAAGGAAGCCGGAUCCUAUCCCAGUAAGCAGUGAGGAUGAGAGGAAUGCUGUCCUUCAGCUGGAGAACGCCAUCUUGGCCAGCCAAGCUGCCAGGAGUGAUCUGCAAAUGAAAGAACUUGCCUUUGAAAAGGACGACGACAGUAACGGGCACAUAGAUUUUAUAACAGCUGCGUCUAAUCUGCGAGCCAGAAUGUAUAACAUCGAACCAGCAGACCGGCUGAAAACAAAGCAGAUCGCUGGGAAGAUCAUCCCCGCCAUCGCGACUUCUACAGCUGCUGUCGCUGGCCUGGUUGCUUUGGAAUUGAUCAAAGUUGUGGGUGGUUAUCCUUUCCAAGCGUAUAAGAACUGUUUUUUCAACUUGGCCAUUCCAGUAAUUGUCUUUACAGAAACUGCGGAAGUGAGAAAAACCACCAUAAGAAAUGGGAUAUCAUUUACAAUCUGGGACAGAUGGACAAUUUACGGAAAAGACGAUUUCACACUCUUGGAUUUCAUAAAUGCCGUCAAAGAGAAAUACGGGAUUGAGCCAACCAUGGUGGUUCAGGGGGUCAAAAUGCUGUAUGUCCCUGUAAUGCCUGGGCACGUAAAGAGAUUGAAGCUGACGAUGCAAAAACUUAUGAAACCAUCCGUGGAUAAGAAGUACGUGGACCUCACUGUGUCCUUUGCUCCAGAAACAGACGGUGAAGAAGACUUGCCGGGCCCCCCCGUUAGAUACUAUUUUGCCCAUGAAGACAACUGA